CCUCCCUUCCCGGCGGGCUGAGCCUCCCCCCACCACCACCCCGCGUUCCGACGGCUGGCCGGGGCAGGGGCAGCGGGGCCUCGGCGCGCCGUGUGCCCCCCGCCGCCCCGCCCGACCCUGUCACACGCUCAGGAGGAGCCGCUGCGGCCGCCUCGCUGAUUGCCGCAGCUCCGCUUUCCUUCCCUGCCUGCCUGCCUGCCUGUGCGCGCCCUCCGGCUUCGCGAGGGGGAAAUCGAGGCUGAACGGCUGCAGUUCACGUGUGGUACAGCUGCACCAGCAAAUAUGCUCCCUGCAAGGACGUUCCCAGCACAGCGAAGUGUGGGAGACGCCGACGCUGUCAUUCUGAGGCUGAAGGCAGUCCCAUCUCUCCUGCCUGGCUUUAACUGAUUCCCCAAGAUGUUUGCAAAAGCAACAAAGAAUUUUGUGAGAGAAACUGAUGGUGGAGGUGACUUGAUCCCUGUCUCCCACUUGAACGCCUCAGACAAGCUGCGGCUUCUGAGCUUAGUUACGAAAAGGAGGAAAUUCUGGUGCUGGCAGAAGCCCAAGUAUCAUUUCUUGACAGUCACCCUGAGUGAUGUGCUUACUGAAGGCAAACCGAUAAAACCAGUAAUUGUGGAGUCUGACUUUGCAAAAUAUAUGGGCAAGUUUGAAGAUUUCGUUCAAGGAAGUAUUGAAGCUUCGUUUGGAAAGAUCAGCCUGGGAGCUGGAGGGAAGGGCUAUGUGGAAAACCAGUCCUCGUUUGGAAACCUGAGGAAGCAGGAGGUUGACUUACAGCAGCUUAUGAAAGAUGUCAAGGACAGAACAAUAAAUCUAAACAGUAGUUUACUGCAACAAGUAAUAGAAAGAAAACGUGAAGUGCUGUGCAUCUUGAGAGAAAAGAUAAUAACAACUCAGAAGUGUACGAUAUCUGAACAUAUCCAGACAGAAGAAAAAAUCAGCGGUGUGAUGGGAUGCAGUACAAAAAUAGUAAAGGUUUCAGUGAGUGAAAAUGGAAGUAUGAUGAAGGAUUCUAGUGUGAUCCUUGAAAUUCCUCCUGCGACCACUAUUGCCUACGGUGUAAUUGAACUGUUUAUAAAGCACAGUGGCCAGUUUGAAUUCUGUCUGCUAGAUGAACAACAAGGAGGUUUUGAAAAAGAAAGCACAGAAGGCUCAACUUAUCCCCACUCAGCACUAUUCAGAGAUGCUUUGUUUCUCUAUCAGCCAGAUGCUGUUGAUAAUGAGAUAUACUCUGGGGCUAAAAACCUCAUUCCCAGUGAUGCUUCUUUAAGUGUAUUGAAACAAGAUCUGUCACGGUUGAAGACUCAGUUCCAGCCCUUUGUGAAGCUGCCAGAAGACAAGCAAAGAGCUUUAUAUAAAACCCUUUGUGAACUCUUGCUCCGUGAAGAAAUGGUAACUGCCCUGGAGGAUGUGUUAGAUGAUAUCUGCACAGGAGACAAGCCAGAUCUGAAGGAGUUAAAACCUGCACAACAAGGAGACCUCAUUGACUUCUUGCAGCUCUUAGGAUGCAGUUUACAGAGUGAGCUGUUGUUGCAGAAAUAUCAGCCUCAGGAUGAAGAACUCUUCUCAGCUGCUCACCUCCUCAUCAGUGCUCUCUCUGAGCUGUCUGAUUACACUCUUGUCCUGCUGCGUGCCUGCUGUGAUCUUCAGGUUGUUCCGGCAUUGUGUUGUUUGCCUAACAUCGCUUCAGCCGAUGGCACUGUGGCGCUGAGCGGUCCUUUGGUGGCUACUCUCACUGACAGAGGAAGAUUUGAUGUCGUGCAAAGGCUGUUUGCUUCAUCAAACAUUAAUUUGGAAAUGACAGAGUCUUCUGUAAAAGCUGUAACUAUGAAAGAACCUAGAUUCUUCCCACUUGUUCUUUAUGUUGCGUUGUAUGGAUUUUAUGCUUUAGGUGGGAAUGCAUAGGAGCUUUGCUGAGUAUCCAGUUAUUGCUCUAGCCUGUUCUUUCUUCUGUAGCUCUGCAGUGUAGCGUUGGUGUGUUUGAGCGAGCGGUAGAGCCACUCAGUUGAGUCCUUAUGGCAGUCCAGCCAGGUGGUGUGGAGGUCAGGGUGGACUCGGCAUGCCUGGGGUGGGCACUCUGCACUGCCAUCAGGUGUGCCGCUGCUCUGCGGUUUCGCUAAGGUACGUAUGUCUGCAGUGGGAAAUACAUAAACGAAGGAUGAAGGGGAGGAAGUAAAAAAGAGGAGCCCGGAACAGGAAUUGAACAUGGCUGUUCUGGUAGUUGUCAGAUCUGCAGGGCAGUAGAAGCCUGAUUGCUUGCGUUAAUAUGCGUGGGAGAAAACUGCAAAGUACGAACUGCUUUUUGUAAGCAAGCAAACAAGCAGGCUGUGGAAAUCCAGGGUUCUGCAAUGCAGUAAAUGUUUCGCUCAUUUAAGUCUUGAUGUGCAGAAUGCCUUCACUCUGGGGCAGGUGGAAUGGAGGGCUCUCAAAGAGGUACUGGAUUAGGUUUUCAUUUAUUAAGUGUAGUUUGGCUUUAUGGAUGUGAACUGCACACUGCAAGAAAUCAAAAAAACUCUUCUUCAAAAACUAAGACCACCUUAGGGAUUUAUGCCUCUGUACAGCAUUUCUGUUUUCUAAUAAAUUUUUACUCACCUUA